ACUAUCAAUAAUGGCUUCCAAAACGCCUUGAGUCUGAAGGCGUCUUCAAUUAUCCCUCUUCAUUCCACCUUCAGAGAAGCCUAGAAACGUUUGUUAUGGCUGAAAAUGAAUUCGAAGGAGAAAUAAGUGACAACGAGAGCGAUGUAAGCUUACACGGAGAAAGUGAAUGCGAGGGCGAAGACAGUGGAGGAGAAGAUGUUCGCGAGCCAGUUACGGAAACGACACCAGAUGAUCGAACUGCCACCCCGAAGAAAGGCAAGGCUAAAAAGAAGAAAAAGAAAUGGAUGAAUGCGUGCUUGACCAACUGCAAGUAUGAAAGCGUUCGCAGGGUAACUAAACGAUUCGGGAUGAAGGAGGUCGGAGAGGACGAAGACUGGGCUUUAUUCUGGACCGAUUGUUCUGUUGCUUUGGAACGGUGCAUGGACAUGAAACGCUACCAGAAAAUCAACCAUUUCCCUGGUAUGAGUGAGAUAUGCCGUAAAGAUCUACUGGCAAGGAACAUGAACCGUUUGUGGAAGCAGUUUCCAAAAGAUUAUGCUGUAUUUCCUAAAACAUGGUGCUUACCAGCAGAUUAUGGAGAAUUCCAAGCUUACUGCAGACAGAAGAAGAACAAAACAUUUAUCCUCAAGCCAGACAGUGGUAGCCAAGGAAAAGGGAUUUUCCUUACCAAGAAUCCAAAGGAUGUCAAGCCUGGAGAGCACAUGGUUUGCCAGCAAUAUGUGUCCAAACCCUUUCUGAUUGAUGGAUUCAAGUUUGACUUAAGGGUGUAUGUGCUGGUCACUUCAUGUGAUCCUCUUCGAAUUUUUGUUUAUGAGGAUGGCCUAGGAAGGUUUGCUACACUAAAGUAUGUGGAUCCAAGCAACAACAACCUUGAUGACAUUUGUAUGCAUCUGACAAAUUAUGCUGUAAACAAGCAUAGCAAAGACUUUAUUAGAGAUGAAGAAACUGGAAGUAAAAGACGAAUAACAACAGUAAACAAGUGGUUUGAAGAUAAUGGUUACAAUGUGAAAGAAAUCUGGGACUCUAUAGAGGAUGCUAUCAUAAAAACCUUGAUCACUGCACAUCCAAUACUGAAGCACAAUUACAGAACCUGUUUUCCAAACCACAACAAGGGGAGUGCUUGUUUUGAAAUCCUAGGCUUUGACAUCCUGUUGGAUAAGAAGUUAAAAGCUUGGGUUUUAGAGGUUAACCACUCUCCUAGUUUCACAACUGACUCACCUCUUGAUAAAGAAAUUAAAGAUGGACUGAUGUUUGAUGCUCUUAAUCUGCUCAACUUUGGAGCAUGUGAUCGGCGGAAGAUACUUGAAGAAGACAAAAAGAGAGUGCGGGACAGACUUUUGCAAAAACAAAGACCCAAGGAAGCUAAGAAGGAAGAUUUUGACAACCAAGUGCAGUACACUGAGUGGUUGAAAAAGUAUGAGGAUGCUCACUUGGGUAAAUACAGACGUAUUUAUCCAGAAGGAAAUGAAGAAAAAUAUGCAAUUUUCUUCGAAAACAGUUGCUCACUGUUCCAGGAAACUGCUGCAUCCAAGGCGCGUAUUGAGUGUGCCAGAGUUCAACGGGAACAAAUCAUGGCUAAACAACAAGAGCAAGAGAAUGCUAGGCUCAAAAACAGUGGCAGGGCUCCCAAAGGAUCCAAAGAUGGCCUCAGGCCAGAGAGCCCCCAUAGUCGUAGGCCGAGGAGACCCCCUGUUAGAAAGACAAUUCAAAGUAAUAAAGCUAGAUUCGAGGGUGGCAAAAGAACUGGCCAGGAGCAAUACGACACCAGCAAACCAGUGGCGAUAUCAGAAGAGGAGGAGCUAGAGCGAAUCACCUCUCUCCUUCAGCGGGACAAUCUUAUACGAGGGUUAGGUGUGGUAGAAUUUGUCUAUAAACUGUUACACUGUACACCUGGUACAGGAGGUCCACAGAAAAACUGCUCGUUACACCAUUCGAACAAUCACAAGGAUUCUUCGUCCAAAGGUAGCCUGGGAGACAAAGCUUCCUCCAUGUAUGGCUCCAUGGGAUUACUAUCCACGUCAGGGGGAGUAACCGCUGGUAAUAACGUGGUCGCGUCUCAAUUAUCUCGGUUCCAGAGCUAUCAGCCCGCGGCUCUGUCAGCGGUAAUGAACCUAAACGGCAUCAAUCAACAAACACCUCCGACCUUGACACGAAACGAUCGACGAGCUUUAGCGUCCGUUGGCAUAGUACCAUCGGCGCCCACAGGGCUGCCGAAACACAGGUAUGGCUCGCGGAAGGUUCCAGGAAACGCCAGGAAUGUUAUCGGUAAUCCAGAUUACGACUGGAGAUCAGGAACCACACCAGGGAUUGAGGCAACCAGCCUUGCCUACGGUAUGAUUGAUCCCAGACUGGACAAUCAACCGAACUCGACUAUUAAGAGACGGACGUUAAGCGCUACAGGGUUUAAAACCUGCGCGGACCCGGUGCAAGGGAACGCAACGCGUGUGAUGAAUCCGCGCGUGUUUGCCGCGAGUGUCGCGGGAGGCUCGGGGGGAUCACAGACUAAUCUGUCUAGUCCAGGAGGUGUGUCGCCUAGUGCACAGCAGUACAUGUGUUCAAUGUAUACGUUUCCUAAUGUGCUGAAAGUAGCGCCUCAGCCUCAAAAUGGAAUGAACUUGUCUGUGAUAUCUGGCCCGGCACCUGUGAGUUAUCGACCCAGUCCCACUAACACGAGUACUGUGGGACCUGAACAGGCUAACUCCUCACACAGACUCACUGGCUCGCCAUCAGGACUUCUGAGGUCAACUAAAGCCCAGAGAGCUCGCGGGGCUACGAACAACUUGCGCUUAAAGCAGCUGGAACUUCGUGAAAAUCACGCCGUAGCGUUGAGCUGAGCAAAGGAACUAACCAACUUUUCCACUCGCCAACUACGAAAGCCAAGAUCUUGAAUCCAGCGUGGAGUGUGCGAGCCUAAGACCGCCCAGGACAAAUAUAAAAAAGUCCACAAAUGAUUGAAAUUUAUGUCCAAUUUUAGCGCAAAUACAAAAACAGAAUUUCCAAUUCGUGUACAUUGUAAGUGGAUCUAUCUGCCCCAUGUAUAUAACUCUAUCGUACGUGUAGGUAGAAAUUGAAAGUAAAUAAUAUAUAGGAUUUUAGUGUGAAGUUUUUAGGCCAUUAUCAAAUCUUUGUUUAAUAGACUUCUUAACGCUUAAGAAGCGCGUGUAUAAAAUUUCGAAUGACAUUUGUAUUUUAACAAAAGAUGCUGUAAUUGCAGCUAUGGCGUGGUAUAUGUAUUUUGCUUCCAAAUGAUAACUAUAUCUGAAUUUAUAUUUGUAUAAAGGACGUUUUCAAAAUGCAAUGUUUUAUGAUCAACAUGUAUUUGUAUCAACUUUGAAAGUUUCUAGGAUAAUUGAAGGAACGUGAUUAUGAAAAAAGAAGAAUGAAGCCA